AUGAGUCAGUCUACUGAGCUGAGAAAUAAGCGAGUGACAGAAGUCAAGAAACAACACAGAGAUGUUCAUGCUCAGGAAGAGAAACAUUGCCCUGCAGAUAAGCUGAAGCAGCUCUUAGCAUUACAGGUUGGUGACACUGCGUGCAUUAAGAGACCUCCUCUGGCACAGAAAAACAAUGUCAAACAUGAAGCACACGGACCAUGGGUUCUUCUGUUUCAUGAAUGUCAAAAUGAUUUGUCACCAGGUUCCAGUGCGAGAACUUACACACUGCCGACAGGAUGUCAGUCUGUCCGAGCAUCACUCUGGCCUAUUACUUGCAUUUGUCAACGUCAAACUCCAUUUGAAACGUGCGUAACUGCCUCUGAAGCUUCUCAGAACUGCCUCACCCUGACUGAGAAGUCGCAGACUCAGGAAGCAGGUCAAGUUUCAGUGCAGGCUGACGGGCGGCUCGAGCAGCCCUGCGACCCAGCCUGGAGCGCCGAUGUGGCAGCCGUGGUCAUGCAGGAAGGGCUGGCUCACGUCUGCCUGGUCACUCCAAGCAUGACACUUACCCGUGCCAAGGUGGAGGUGAACAUCCCCCGCAAGCGGAAAGGGAACUGCAGUCAGCAUGACCGGGCCCUGGAGAGGUUUUACGAGCAAGUGGUGCAAGCCAUCCAGCGGCAUAUCAACUUUGAGGUGGUGAAGUGUGUACUGGUGGCCAGCCCGGGCUUCGUACGGGAGCAGUUUUGUGACUACAUGUUCCAGCAGGCUGUCAAGACAGACAACAAGCUUCUGCUGGAGAACAGGUCCAAGUUCCUACAGGUCCACUCUUCCUCGGGACAUAAAUACGCAUUGAAGGAAGCCCUCUGCGACCCAGCUGUAACUAGCCGUCUCUCUGACACUAAGGCAGCUGGUGAGGUCAAAGCCUUAGAUGACUUCUAUAAAAUGCUGCAGCAUGAGCCUGACCGCGCUUUUUAUGGUCUAAAACAUGUGGAGAAGGCCAAUGAAGCUAUGGCCAUCGAUACCUUGCUGAUCAGUGAUGAGCUUUUCCGGCACCAGGAUGUGGCUACACGUGCUCGAUAUGUUAAAUUGGUAGAUAGCGUACGGGAGAACAUGGGCACAGUACGCAUUUUCUCUAGCCUUCAUGUGUCUGGAGAGCAGCUUGGCCAGCUGACAGGGGUGGCAGCCAUCCUGCGCUUUCCUGUUGCUGAGCUCUCUGACCAGGAAGAUGAAUCUAGCUCUGAAGAGGAUUGAUAACAGUGACUUCAUCCACGGUUUCUUUUCCAAGUCAUGUUGAAAUGACAUUAAAGGCCCUCCCUUCCUAAAUAUUGUGUGCAGAUGUGCCAUGACAUGUAAUUUAAGGUUUUGAUAGUAUUUCUCACGGCAUAUAGCUCUGCUCAGCACACUAAUGGAUAUUUGUUCUGUGGUAAUGGUGAUUAGUAUACUGUGCAUUGAAGCUGACUGUUUUUGCAAGUUAUACCCUGGACCUCCAGCAGUACAAGAAACUCAUUUGACUUUCCCAAGCUGCUUAUUCUGCAUGUUAAGGCAGACUGGCAGCUUAGUGUUUUGGAAUGUGUAUGAAAAGAUAAUAAACUAAGAGGGAGAAAA